AUGCUUGAAAUGUCGAAGGAAGGUUUAAUUCCUGGUUUUGACAUGAAUGUAGAGAAAUGCAGAACAUGUAUGUUGACUAAGAUAACUAGGAAGAAAUUUGAUAGCAUUGUUAGGGUAUCGGAAGUCCUUGGACUGAUUCAUAGUGAUUUAUGUGAUUUGCAUGCUACACCAUCUCUGGGGAAUAAGAAAUAUUUUGUCACAUUCAUUGAUGAUUAUUCCAGAUAUUGUUCUGUAUAUUUGUUGCACUCUAAGGAUGAGGCCUUAGAGAAAUUCAAGGUUUACAAAACUGAGGUUGAAUUGCAACAAAGUAACUUGAUUAAGAAGUUACGCACCGAUAGAGGUGGUGAGUAUUAUGAUCCUGCUUACUUUCAGUCUGUGGGUAUAAUACAUGAGGUCACAGCUCCUUAUACACCACAACAAAAUGGUGUAUCUGAGAGGAAGAACAGAGUCCUUAAAGAAAUGGUUAAUUCCAUGUUAUCCUACUCUGGAUUGAGUGACGGUUUCUGGGGUGAGGGCAUGUUAACAGCAUGUUACUUGUUGAACAGAGUUCCUAACAAAAGGAACAAGAUAACCCCAUAUGAACUUUGGUACAAAAAGAAGUCUAACUUGAACUACCUUCGAGUUUGGGGCUGCAGGGCUGUAGUAAGACUACCCCAACCAAAGAUAAGAACUUUGGGAGAAAGAGGUAUUGAUUGCAUCUUUAUUGGUUAUGCUGAGCAUUCCAAGGCUUAUAGGUUCUAUGUCAUUGAACCUAAUGAUUCUAUAGCAGUUCACACUGUGAUUGAGUCAAGAGAUGCAAUAUUUGAUGAGAAUCGUUUCACAUCAAUACCUAGACCAAAGGAUCUGGUUUCGUUUGGAACUGGACAAGGAGAUGGUACAAACGUACGUUCCAACAUCUCGGCUUGUGUUCCAACAACCAGCGAGUCACCUGUACUUCGUAGAAGUAAGAGAGGAAGGAUUGAGAAAUCAUUUGGUCCUGAAUUCCAAAUUUAUUUGGUAGAAGGUUCAAGAGAUGAGAUUGUUCUACAAUACUCAUAUUGUUACCUAGUUGGUGAUGAACCUAGGACAUUCAGUGAAGCUAUGGCUUCCAUUGAUGCUGCUUUCUGGAAAGAAGCUGUAAAUGAUGAGAUGGACUCUAUAGUAGGAAGCAAUACAUAUUUCCUGACUGAUCUCCCACCUGGUUGCAAAGCUUUAGGCUGCAAGUGGAUUUUCACAAAGAAAAUGUUGAUCGGUGGUGCAAUCGAUAAGUUCAAAGCUCGAUUGGUUAUACAAGGUUUUAGACAAAGGGAAGGCAUUGAUUAUUUUGAUACAUAUGCUCCUGUUGUCAGAAUCUCUUCUAUAAGGUUCUUGAUUGGUUUAGCAGCCAUUCAUGAUCUUGUGAUCCAUCAAAUGGAUGUUAAGACUGCAUUUUUAAAUGGUGUCUUGGAAGAAGAGGUGUAUAUGGAACAACCAGAGGGAUUUGUUGUGCCUGGAAGUGAGCACAAGGUGUGCAAGCUGGUGAAAUCACUGUAUGGGCUGAAACAAGCUCCUAAGCAAUGGCAUCAAAGGUUUGAUGAAGCUGUCUUGUCUUUUGGUUUUAAGAUUAACCAAUCAGAUAAGUGUUUAUAUAGCAAGUUUGAUGAUUCCAGUAAUGGAGUGAUCAUUUGUCUAUAUGUGGAUGACAUGUUGAUCUUUGGUACCAACCUUAGAUUAGUGGAACUCACAAAAGAGUUUUUGUCAUCAAAUUUCGCCAUGAAGGACAUGGGGGAGGCGGAUGUGAUUCUUGGUAUUAGAAUCAAGCGUGACAAUGGGAGGAUAUGUUUAUCACAAUCUCACUACGUUGAGAAAGUGUUAAAGAAGUUCAAUUACUUGAACUGUGCCCCUGUAAGUACUCCCAUGGAGGCAAGUGUGAAACUUAUGCCUAACACAGGAAAGGCUGUGUUGCAACACGAAUAUUCUCAAGUGAUUGGAUGCUUAAUGUAUGCAAUGACAAGCACAAGGCCAGAUAUUGCAUAUGCAGUUGGAAGGUUGAGUAGAUACACUAGUAAUCCUAGUACUCACCAUUGGCAGGCUGUAAAGCGUGUGCUCAAGUACUUGAGAGGAACCAUGGACUAUGGUUUGUGUUAUGGAGGAUUUCCUUCGGUUUUGGAAGGUUAUUCUGAUGCAAGUUGGAUCACCAACGUGGAAGAUCAUACUUCUACAAGUGGUUGGGUGUUCCUACUUGGGGAGAGAGAGAGGAGUCCAACACCCAACCACCCUCCCUUUUAUUGUAAUGCCAUCACAAGAAGAAGCAGUACUCAAGUCCAUGAGGACAAUGAAGAAGAAGAAAGAGAGUAUGAGGAAGAACUGAAUGAUGAAGAUGAAGAGCAGAGCAUCAACAUCAAUGCUUCCCCAAAACAGAGCAUGGAUACACCAAGCCCUAGAGACCCUCGUUUCUCACCAAGAAGUCAAGCUUCUACACUUCCAAGAUUGGAAGCAAUGCAAAGACCAUCACCACCUGCUGAAGAAGAAGAUACUUGGCAGUAUGAUCCCAUUGAUCCCAACAAGAUAAGCCCCAUGAAGCUUAAAGAGUUCAAUGCUAAGGUGAAAUCACUUCCAUUCUAUGUCACUUUUGAAGAAGCUUGGGAUAAACAUGGUCUAGUGGAGUUCUUUUUCACAACUAGUGAAAACAAAGAAGAGAUACACCAACUUUUCAGGAAGGCUCGAUUUCCCAUUGCCCCUCAUGGAGUCAAUCAACCACCAUCACCACCAUCAUCACCACCACCUCAGUGGUAUGUCAAUUCCAUAUCAAGAGAAAAGCUUGCUGAGUUCAACCAGUUUGUCCAAACUCUUCCAGCCAGCAUGUCUUUCAAAGAAGCUUGGCGCCACUACCCAUUCACCCCUUUCUUCCACAACUGCAAGGAGACUCCUGAGGACAUAAAAGAGCUUUUUGAGAAAGCUAAAGUUCAGCCAACCUUCAAGACACUCUACAAGAUUGAAGACCCAGGUCAAUUCUCUAUUCCCUGUCAAGUAAAUGGUCAUUACUUUGAUAGAACACUAUGCGAUUCUGGCUCUUGCAUAAACCUCAUGCCAACCCAAACCGCCAAACUCCUUGGCAUCACACGCUUGCAACCUGCUCAAAUUAGUAUUGGACUUGCUAACCAUACUAUAGCCAAGCCAAGAGGAGUUGUUGUUGAUGUUCUUCUAGAGAUUGGAGAUAUCAAGAUCCCGGUGGACUUUCAUGUCAUAAACAUUCAAGGAGGAUGUGACACACCAUUGAUACUAGGCCGACCCUUUUUGGCCACUGCUGGAGCUGUCAUGGACCUUCCAAACCGGCGAAUGUCCUUAGCCAAUGUGGACAAGACAGUCUUUUACAAGACCAUACCAUUCAUCGCACCAAACAAGCUGUCUUACCUCAUCACUGCCCAAGGCCGCCCAAGAGAGCCACCAGACCACACUCAAGGUCACAAUGAGACAAGAACUAAAAGACUAUGUCUCAGGCCGUGCCCUUACCCCAUCUCCAACUAA